AUGUCAAUUUUUCAAGUAGCUCUUCAAAUCCAAUUUUGGAGUCCAAUUAUUUUUUUUUCAAUCGGAGCUCCAGCAGCAUGCCUCAAUGCAAUAUUAUUCAUCGGCGUAAAAACAUUUCGUCGAUCUCCAUCGGCCUACUAUGUUGUAGGACAAUCCUUAGCUGAUGUGAGUGCCUUGUUGAUCGUGCUUUUUCAAAUAGUUCCAUCCAUAUCAAUAUCGGCUUCAUCGAUUGCUUGUAAGUUAAUGGUCUUUUUUGUUCAAAUGACAGUGUCUGUUGCAAUGAGCUUUCUUUGUUUGUCUGCAUUCGAUCGUUGGGCAUGUACAUCUCAAUCGGCUCAAAUACGCCAAUUGAGUUCGAUUCGUGUAGCUCGUCGUCUCUUUAUUAUUCCAUUUAUUCUUUGGUCACUUGUAAAUAUUCCUUUUCUCAUCUAUUGUGAUCUUGUACCACCAAUAUUCAUGUGUUGGUUCACCAAUGAUCUCUUUAUGAAAAUAGGAGUUCUUGUUUUGUCUCCAAUCCUCACUGUUCUUCUUCCUCUGAUUGUUCUAAUAUUGUUUGAACUAUUGACAUAUUGUAAUAUUCGUCUUGUGACUCGCAUUCGUCAACAACCAAAUCAAACUCGUCUGUCAACAUGGGAACAACAAAUGACAAGAAUGAUGUUAACUCAAACUCUUCUAAGUAUCUUUUGUACACUCCCUCGAGCCAUUUUCACCAUUUAUACGAUUGCUACAAUUGACGAGAGUGCAACUAGAAGUUUUGAUCAACAAUCCAUUAUACUUCUCGUCGAUCAGUUAACUGUUUCUAUCGCUUCUAUGAAUUUCGUUUCAUCUUUUUACAUAUUUCUUCUUGCAUCACCACGUUUCCGACAAACGAUUCGAAUGUGUUUGAAACGUAGACUCAAUCUUGGACCUAAUCAAAUAGCUCCAACGAACAUAUUGCUUACAGCACCAACACUCACUGGACGACAAAUUAUAAGAGGUACUGCUUAUCCGAUGGUUCAAAUUGAAUCAUUUCGACGAUCAUCUAUUAAAAUGACCAUUGAUUAA